AUGGCGGUAAACAGAUUUUUUAAAUUGCGAAGCGCAUUGCACAUAACUGACCAGAAUGAGCCAAGGGAUGCAUCCAGUGUGGACAAGUUCUGGAAGGUGAGGCCGCUCCUCGAUGUCAUUAGGUCCCGGUGCCUUCAGCUUGAAGAGCUUGAACAUAACUGCAUUGAUGAGCAGAUGGUGGCAUUUACAGGAAGGGUCCCAGCAAAACAGGUGGUGAAAAGUAAGCCAAACCCUGUUGGUGUGAAGAUCUUUGUGCGAUGCAGCACCGAUGGUCUGGCGCAUGAUUUUGAACUCUAUCAGGGCAAAGGCACAGGAGUAGACCGGGAGUUCUCCUACCUUGGUCUAGGGGGCUGUGUGGUAAUGAGACUUGUGGAGUCAUUCCCACAGCACCGCAACCUGAAAUUGUUCUUUGACAAUUACUUCACGUCCGUGCUGCUUCUGAGGGAGCUAAAAGGUAUUGGAAUCCUUGCCACGGGUACGAUCAGGUGCAACAGGCUGCUGGGUUGUAAGCUGAAGGGCGAAAAAGAAAUGCGAAAGGAGGAGCGUGGGAGCACCGAUGUCAAGGUGACAGAGGAAGGAGACGUUGCCCUUGUGCGAUGGAAGGACAACAAUCUGGUCACGGUGGCCUCAACACAGGUUUCCACUGGUGAAGCUAGGGCUGUGAGCAGGUGGAGCUCCUCGAAAAAGGAGCGCAUCGAGGUAGAAUGCCCACAGGCUAUACUAGAGUAUAAUCGCCACAUGGCAGCUGACGCUCAGCAGGCGGCAGCAGUUGGCUACGACGGCAACCGAGAUCGCCCACGCUGUACGGGCCUCGGGCGUGUGGCUGCUGGGUUCAAAUUGGCUCCAGCAGAGUCUCCGGUGUUCAUGAAGGGAAAGCGUCAAAAGGACGACAGCUACUGGAAACGGAAAGCGUCAUCUCCUGCACGCCGCACUGACGUCGAGUACCUCACUGCUCUCUGUGUGCUGCGCAGGAGGCACGGUGCGGCGAUGGUGCUGUAG